AGAAAAUCUAAGUAGGAAAGAAAAAAAAAAAAAAAAACAAAAAAAAAGUAGAAGCCCAUAAUCAAAAACCAUGGUAAUUCCUAGUGCUCGUUCAACUUUUUUCCUUCUGAUCUCUUCCUUGUUAGUAGUUUCUUCGUUAGUUUCAGCUGAAAAUUAUAAUCAAGAGCCAGAGUUCACAGUCCCUCUAGCGAAGGGACUCUCAUGGAGCUUCUAUGAAAAUAGUUGUCCUCAGGCUGAAGACAUUGUUAGGACACAGCUCAAGAAAGUCUUCAAGGAAGACAUUGGCCAAGCCGCUGGUUUGCUUCGCCUCCAUUUCCAUGACUGCUUUGUGCAGGGAUGUGAUGGUUCAGUGCUGCUGGAUGGAUCAACAAGUGGACCAGGAGAUGAGCAAGAUGCAAUUCCAAAUCUGACACUGAGGAAGAAGGCAUUUGAGAUAGUUAAUGACCUCCGACAGAGAAUCCACAAGAAGUGUGGAAGGGUCGUCUCCUGCUCUGAUAUUGUUGCCCUUGCUGCACGUGAUUCUGUUGCCCUGUCUGGUGGUCCUGACUAUGCUGUUCCAUUGGGAAGAAAAGAUGGACUGACUUUUGCAACACCAAAUGUGACAUUAGCCAACCUUCCAGCACCAUUCAGCAAUGCCAGCACCAUUCUUGAAGCUUUGGCUACAAAAGGCUUCGAUCCAACCGACGUGGUAGCCCUCUCCGGUGGCCACACCAUCGGAAUUAGCCACUGCACAUCCUUCACUAGGCGUCUGUACCCUACUCAAGACCCUGUCAUGGACAAAACUUUUGCCAAAGACCUCAAAGAAAUCUGUCCCAAACUCGAUUCCAAUGGCACCACCGUGCUUGAUAUCCGAUCACCAAACAAAUUCGACAACAAAUACUACGUUGAUCUCAUGAACCGCCAAGGACUUUUCACCUCGGACCAAGAUUUGUACUCAUACAAAAAGACCAAGGACAUUGUCACUAGCUUUGCUGUGGAUGAGUCAUUGUUCUAUGAGAAAUUUGUGAUUGCAAUGACGAAGAUGGGGCAACUGAGUGUUUUGACAGGUAAAAAUGGUGAAAUUCGCGCGAAUUGCUCCGCCAGGAACAGCGAUAACCAGGCUUACUUGGCUUCUCUUGUGGAUGAUGAUGUUGAAAGUUUGUCUGAGUUCUAAUUAUAGAGGGGUCUUUGUCUAUGUUCAAUAAAUCCAACUUUGUGUUUGUAAAAAUGAAAGACCAUUAUGGCUAGUCUUUUCUGAUCAUCACUAACGUGUGAAACUUGUUUUAUGGUUUUUGCAGACCUUUUUUUAAGUUAUUUUAACUUAUAUUUUCUUUUGGUUUCUCAGGGUCAAAGUUUGUUGUUAAGUUUUCCUAGAUGUAUAAGAACUUGGUUUCUGUUUUCAA